GGACUGACGGCGGCGGAAAAUAUUUUUUUGGUCCUGUUCUAUUCUGAAUUUUUGGAAUUUUCUGCAUAAUCACCGGAAAAUAUCGUUGUGCACCUUUUUAUACAAUUCUGUAGCGGAGAUAGUGUUUCAGUCAAGAUGAUUGUGCGUGGAAGUAAAAAGAUGUUCGUCAUUAAUGUAAAGUGAUAUUCCAUCGGUUUGUUUUGCUUUUGUGGGUGGAACUGCUGCUGAUUUUUCUCUCUGAAUACUGGCGAUGGAAUCCGGGAUAGCUGCAUUCGAUCCAAAUGAUCUAAUCAGCUAUUCUCCAGAAGCAUCGGAAGAUGAAGGAGAGCCUCCACCGGCACCGGAAAUGUCAGCGCCGGAAGUUACUGCUUCUGAAGAAACCCCUGCCGAAGUUAGUACGGCCGUGGAUUUGGCCGCUAUUUCAGGAGAAGAAAUUCAAUUGCAAGUGCCAUCCGUGUCCGUCGGAUCAGUUGCUGGACAGGUGCGAAACCCACUAGAUGGUGCCCGAUUCAAAUGCAAGUUUUGUCCGGCCUUCACAACUACUGCGGAAGAUUUCAUCAAACAUUUUAUCAUGCAUUUCGGUCGAAAUCGGAUAUCCUAUAAGCAAAUGUCUCAGGAGGAGGCCCGAGCUUUACCAAAUGCUUGUGAAAAGUUUGUUUGUGGGAUUUGUGCGCGCUGCUUCGAAACCCGAGAUGAUGUUAAGGAUCACAUGAUCAAAGAUCACGGUUUCAAAGAGGCAAAGCCAAAAGAACCAGCAGAAGCUCCUCCAGCAAUAUUACCUGCAGCUUCCGGAGUUAAGAGAAAGCUUGAUGAUGAUUUUGUAGAUUCGCAGAAACUUCAAUUGAGCGGAGAUUCGUCCAACUCUUCAGACGAAAAAACCAAAGAGAAUCAUGCUCCAUCAACGAAGUCUUCUGUGGCAGUGGUUCCUCAGUCCACGGUGUCAGGAACAUCAGCGGCGGUAACCUCAACUGCAGUUGUUAGUCCAAUUGCACCGUCGUCUGCAGUAUGUGAUAAUGAAACGCCAAAUGCCCCACCAGCAACUCAACCCCCUGUGACAGGAGGUCAAUCUCAUCCUGUUUCUACAGCUGGGGCUCCAUUAGCGACAUCGGUUUCAGCUCAACCUCCAAAGCUGGACGAAAAAGAGGAUGCCGAAUUGGAUGAGUACCUGCAACCGAUGACGCUGAAAGCGCUUAAGUUGAAAUUGCUGGCGGGAUUAAAACUGAAAUGCCCACAGAAAGGCUGUGUCUAUAAGUUCGAAACCCGAGCCAAACGUGAUAUUCACUUGAAAUGUCACAAUAUAGAGCCAGCGCUUAUUGGGCCCGGAGGACCAGUUCCAGUCGCUGGUUCGACAAAAGAAGAAAAGAAAGAUAAUUUCAAGUGUUAUCAGUGUGCUUUGGAGUUUCCUCGGUGGAGAGAGUGCUGCCAGCAUCUGUGGAAGCAGCAUCAAAUCGAUGUUAACAUGCUCAAAUGUCCGGUUUGCGAUGUGCGAUUUGAGUUCGCUGUAAAAGUCUACCGACAUCUCCAAACGCAUCGUCCGGUAAAGGCAUACAGCUGUACGUCUUGUGGCAAGUCGUUUGCCACCCACUCGCAGCUGUUGGUUCAUGAAUCACUUCAUAAGAAGCAACAGAUGCAACGUGCCAAGCAGAAAGCCGCCGCCGGAAAAGAAGCCAGUAAAGAUGAGGAUGGAAAAGCAGUUGACGCCGACAACGAAGGCAAUGGAGAUGAUGAGGCUGAUGAGGAAGCGAAUGUGGAUGGCGAAAAGAAGACGAAAGUGGAAAAGUUGCCAUGGUAUGCAGAGCGAAAGUGCGACAUCUGCGGCCAUAUGUUUGGGACGUCGAAAAUAUUGUCGAAACACAUCAAAACGGUUCACCACAAGAUUAAACCGUUUAUUUGUAGCGUGUGUGGGUACAAAUCGGCCCGAAAAGUUACCUUGACGAUUCAUAUGCGACAACAUUCGGGUCUUAAGCCGUUAGAGUGCAAGGAAUGUCCAUUUAGAACAGCAGAUCCUAGCGCGUUGAAACAUCACGAGAAGCGUCAUACCAAGGACAAAUGGUAUGAAUGCAAAUUCUGCGGCUUGCUCACCAUCCAAGCCAGCGGUCUGAAGGCCCACAUUCGGUUGAAUCACCCGAAGGAGUACGAGACGAUGAAAUGUGAUCUGUGCAAUUUUACUUCGGUCAACCCAGAACUGUUGGCGCGCCAUAAAAGCGACCACAAGGCCGGAUUGAUCAAGAGUGAAGAUUCGCGGGAUUCAGUUUCGUCGAAGCGCUCGAAAAAUGCCCCGGAGAGUUCCUCGGACUGUUUCCUGCCCAUCGAGAGUACUGAUUCUGUGGUGCAUGACGCCGGUGGAUUCACUAUUCCGGCGGUCAUAAAUGCGCCGGUUGCACACUCGGAGGAAACUCAGUUUCCCACUUGAUAAGGUAUGUGAAUCGGCUCAGAUUAGAGCAUAAAAAUAGCAACGAUUGCGAAUAUAAACAUGUUUACUCUAUACACCCGUCGAGGAAAGUGCAUGUUAUUAGAUAUAACACAACAAGCAGACACAGUCAUACUGCCGUUCUACGCAAUUUGUCCCGUGAAAAUUGGCUCUCUAAAAAUGUAUCCAAACGAAUAUCGAUUUGUGAAUUAAGUUAGGUAAAAACAACAGAGGAGCUUUAUAAAAAUUAACUUCGUACAAUUUUGCGUAGAACGACAGUAUAUUUCUGGCUUGCAUAUUAUGCGUGUUUUUUGUAAGUUGACUGCUUCAAAAGUGGCUUCUUUAAAUUGUGUUUUAUUUAGUUAGGUAUUUUUUAAAUUGUGACAUGGUUCAACUAAUAAAUAAAGCACCCGCUUAAAA